UUUGUUCGCACGCGCAAUGCAUAAGACGCUUGAGCGUCUGACGUCCCGUUGGGCGAAUAUCAAACCCAGAUCCAAGGGCGUAUGCUGCAGUAAUACUGCGAUCACUUCAUUUUCAUUUUGGCAUCUUUGCUUGUUGCAUCAUGGCAGCAGCACAAGAACUCCCCCCGGAACUCGCCCACGAGGACAAGGGGCCUAUGGUUCUGGCGGUAUGCAUCGCACUAACGACAGUCGCUACAAUUUUCGUUGCUGCGAGACUCUAUGUCAGAUGCAGAAUACUGUCAAUGAUGGGUCUUGACGAUUGGCUGAUCAUCUUGUCAAUGAUGUGUGGCUACAUCAUGCUUGGCCUCACUAUAGCAGCUGUGCAGGCUGGCAACGGGCGUCACUUCGCUCUGCUCUCCGAUGAACAGAAGUCCGGCGCAAUCUUGUACACCCUCGCAGGCUUCUGUCCCGGGAUACUCUCGUUCGCUAUUCCUAAACUAGCUGUGGUCGCGCUCCUGACGAGAAUCACCAAUCCUAGCAAGAGACACAAGAUAAUCCUGUGGAGUAUAUCUGGUGGUUGCUUGAUAAUCCUAUUCGGCUGUGUUAUUAUCAUCUUCGCGCAGUGCACGCCAACUCGAUCGCAGUGGGACUUUUCCGUCCAAGGCACCUGCUGGAGCCCAUGGAUUCUGAUAUAUUACGCCAUUGUAGCCGGAACAUUUUCCGCCAUAGUGGAUCUCUACCUCGCCAUAUAUCCCGCUAUUGUCCUUUAUAAACUGCAAAUCAACUUCAAGAAAAAGGUUGUCCUUAGCGUUGCGCUUGGGCUAGGUUCCAUUGCCGCAGUUGUAGCUGUGUAUAAAUCGACUCGGCUACCUGCGCUUGCGAGCGCGGAUUUUAGCUACGAUACGGCCGAUAUUACCGUUUGGACGAGUAUCGAGGGUAAUGCUAUCAUCAUCGGCGCAUGCAUACCAACAUUACAGCCACUGUUCGACCAACUCCUUGGCCACGGCCUCUUUAGUAGUUUGGGAGGUGGGCGGGACCGAGGUGGCUACAAAUCGAAUGAUCGAUCUGGGUUGAAGCUCGCAACGAUCGGAAGCAAGACUCUUCGGUCAACAAAGCAACAUGGGAAGUCGGGUGUUUCUGAAGGGACGCUGGGCCACGAUAGCCAGGACAGCAUUCUGGGCCCGAACCAUCGACCCGGCAGUGACGAGAGCCAGAACGUCAAGCAAAGCUCCGGCAUCACGCGAACGCAGCAUCUGGUGGUCGAGUACGAGGAUGCGGGUGAGCCGGCGCGGGCGGCAAAACCAGCCUACGAUCUCGGCGAUACAUAGAGAUCAAGACAAAGAUUUGAGGUAGAUUGACAAGGGCGUAGGCAUCACUCCGUCAAGCGUGGUACAGCGUCCGUAGAACCUACAUCAGCUCUCGAAUCGAAAAGAUUAGGCAAGCCUACCGCGAGACAAUUACAUUUGAACAUCUUAACAAACGUGGCCACGAUGAUGAAGAAUAUACCUCUGGGUCCGCUAGAGGCCUAGUUUUGUGUACUAAUGGUCAUUGUUAACAAGGAUGGCUCUUACUAUGCAAU